GGCGGCGGCCUGCAGCGCUGGCUUUCCGGCUGCGCCGCCGGGUCCCGGGGCGCCGCGGGGCGCCAUGCGGGCGUCCUGGGUCACCCGCUCCUGGGGGCUGUGGACACAAGCACUGGGAUUACUGCUGCUGCUCCAAACGAGCCGCCCGCGAGGCAGCGCGGCGGUACGGCAGUGCCACAGGAUCGCGCCCCUGGGCGACCUGAACUGCUCGUGGGAGGCGCGUGGGGACCCAGCAGCUCCGCUCCUGCUGCACCUGCAGAGCCAGAAGUAUCACCCCAACAGGACGCACACCGUGAGAGUGGCCGCUGGGCAGAGCUGGGUGACCAUCCCUCGGGAGCAGCUGACCACCUUGGAUAAACUCUUGGUUUGGAUGUCCCAGGCGGACCAGCCCUUGGGAUCCCCAAUCUCUGUGAACCUGGAAACCCGAGUGAAACCGAGUGUCCCCCAGUUGUCCCCCGUUGUGGACUUCUCGGAGGAUGAGCCCCUGGAAGCAUCUAUUGAGUGGACACCACCGUCAUGGCCGUCCCAUAAAGUCCUCAUUUGCCAGUUCCGGUACCAGUCAUGCUUGGAAGAGGACUGGGUCCCGCUGGAAUCGGAGGUGAAAACCAUCCCGCUGAGCCCUGUCGAGCUCCUGGACCUGGAGCUGGCCACCAGCUACAGAGUGGCCGGCCGCUGCCGGGUGCAGGAUGAGGAGGAUUUGUGGAGCGAGUGGAGCCCCAGUGUGUCUUUCCAGACCCCGCCCUUUGCUCCAAGGGAUGUGUGGGUGUCUGGGAACUUCUGCAGCAACCAGGAAGUUCUGUUGCUCUGGAAGUCCCCAGGGUCUUGCAUGCCAAUCAGCUACAGAGUGUGGGUGGCUGGCGAGCAGGAGCCCUUUGCUGAAGGCGUGUCCUGCUGCAGUAUCCGCGUGCCCGCCGGUGCCCACUGGGCCGCGGUGUCCGCCACCAACGGCACCCGCUGGGAACUGCCCACCAAUCUCUCCUUGGUCUGUCUGGACUCCGCCCCCCGCAGCGUGGUGGUCCACAGCGGCUCAGCAAGCGGUCAGCUGCGAGUGAGCUGGUGGCCGGGAUCCACGGAGCCCGAGGAGUACGUGGUGGACUGGGCUGGGGAUACAGAACCCCCGGAGGAGGCUCUGACCUGGCUGCGGCUUCCCGCUGGGCGGCACAGUGCCAUGUUGGCAGGGAAUUUCACAAAAGGGGUCCCGUACCGCGUGACAGUGACCGGGGUCUGGCCUUGGGGUCUAGCCCCGGCCCUCCCAGCCUGGGGCUUCAUCGAGGAGCUUGCACCCGUAAUGGGGCCAACGCUUUGGCGACUCCAGGAUGACUCUCCCGGGACCCCCUCCGUGGCCUGGGCCCAAGUUCCCAGGCGCCAGCUCCGAGGUCAUCUCACCCACUACACUGUGUGUUCCCGGAGCGGGGCAGGGCCAGCUUCCUGCAUGAACGUGAGCGGCACUACUCAGAAUGUCAAGCUGCCCCACCUGCAGAGGGGACCGUGCGAGCUGUGGGUGACGGCGUCCACCGUCGCGGGACAGGGGCCUCCCGGUCCCAGCCUCUGGCUUUAUCUGCCAGAUAACAGCUUCAACUGGGCCAUCCUGCCCGGUGUCCUGUCCCUAUGGGGGCUGCUGCUCCUGGCCUGUGGCCUCACGCUGACCUUGUCUGGAAGGUGUCCCCACCUGCACCACAAGGUGCUGCCUCGCUGGGUCUGGGAGAAUGUUCCGGACCCUGCCAACAGUCAGUGUGGCCAGCCCCACAUGGAGGAGGUGCCUCAGGUGCAGUCACCCGGGGACCUGCCCGUCCUGGAAGUGGAGGAGAUCCCAACCCCAGAGCCUACGAUUGUGGCACCACCCCAGCUGCCAGCCACGCAGGACUGUGGAUAUGAGAAGCACUUCUUACCCACCCCCGAGGAGCUGGGCCUGCUGAACACCCCAAGGUCCUAGAUUUCCUGGGACGAUGUGUUGGGGGUUGAACCUGUCCCCAGGCUGCUGCAGAAAUGUGACGAAGUGAAGACACCCAGCCCCGGGGGUGCUGGGUUGGAAGGGUCCCCACCGAGAAGGGACCAGACCUGGGGAGGAAACGCGUUGGCACAAGGGGCCAGAAGAAUGAGUUGGAGUCAGGAGUGGCCCUGUGUGCCUCCCACGCCCACGGUCAGUGCGAGAGAGCUACGGCUGGACACAGAGCCCGCCUCCCUUGCAGCUAAGCAAGCUGCAGCCUGGACAGAGUUCCAGAAAUGGUACCUGUCAACCUUGGGCCUGAAUGGGUCUUAACAGCCUGGGUUUGGGGGUUCUCUGCUCUUACCUGGGAGCUGGGUACCUGUGACCUGGUGCUGGCCGAAGCUAAAGGAAAAGAAAUGGAACCUGGAUCCCCGUCCUCCUGGGUCAGAGACUGGAUCUCCGGAUGACUGCCCAGGUCGGAACCCGGGUUGCUGAGUGACUGCCCAGGUUGGAGCCUGGGUUCCCACCUGACUGCCUGGGUCCCCGAGUGACCGCCUGGGUCUCCGAGUGACCGCCUGGUUUGGGGACAGGGACGCCAAGUGACUUCCUGAGUCAAAGUCAAAGAAAUAAACGUUUCUAUUUUUGUA